GGGGAAGAUGAAGCCUGCACUGAUGAUAAAACCUUCCUUGGCUCAGUGCCCUUCACCACUGAUGGCUUUUUGCUGUAGCUCCACAUUCCUGUGCAUUGAGGGGUUAACGUUAGGCUGGGAAGAUGACAAAACUUGAAGAGUACCUGGAGGGAAUUGUCAAUAUCUUCCACAACUCAGUUUGGACGGGGCAUUUUGACACCCUCUCUAAGGGUGAGCUGAAGCAGCUGCUGCCAAAGGAGCUUGCAAAUACCAUCAAGAAUACCAGGGACAAAGCUGUCAUUAACAAAAUAUUCCAAGGCCUGGAUGCUAAUCAAGAUGAACGGGUCGACUUUCAGGAAUUCAUAUCCCUGUCAGCCAUUGCACUGAAGGCUGCCCAUGACCAUACCCACAAAGGGUAGGUAGCUCUCUGAAGGCCUUUUACCCAGCAAUGUCGUCAAUGAGGGUCUUUCUUUUCCCUCACCAAAACCCAGCCUUGCCUGUGGGGAGUGAGAGUUAAUAAAUACACUCAUGAAAAGUUCUG